AUGCUCCUGUCCCUCUGCACGGCACUGCUGGCGCCCACGCGGGCGCUGCUGGCCCUGCAGCGCUUGGUGGCCCGGCUGGCAGUGGCAGCGGCGGUGGCAGCGGCCGGGGUCGCCUACGGGCUCUGGGGUCUGGGGGUGCUCCUGCGGCGGGGGCCCCGGGGGGCCCUGCGCUGGCGGGUGCGGGCAGAGCCCCCCCCGGGGCUGGCGGACGGACACCUAGGGGAGCACGGGCACCUGAGGCUCAAGAGUUCAGGGCUGCAGCUCCACUAUGUCGCCCGGGGCCCCCCCACAGCCCCCUUGAUGCUGCUGCUGCACGGCUUCCCCCAAAACUGGUUCUGCUGGCGUCACCAGCUGCUGGAGUUCAGCACCCGGUACCGGGUGGUGGCCCUGGACCUGCGUGGCUGCGGAGCGUCCGAGAAGCCACCGGGCAAGGAGAGCUACCGGCCCGAGGUCCUCCUUGAGGACAUCCGCGAGGUCAUCGAGGUGCUGGGGACACCCGAGGGCCACACGGGUGCCACCGCCGGGCACCCCAAGUGCAUCCUGGUGGGGCACGACUGGGGCGGCGUCUUGGCCUGGGAGCUGGCCGCCGGCCACCCCGACCUGGUGGAGAAGUUGGUGAUCGUCGACGCGAGUCACCGCGCCGUCAUGGCCAGGUUCAGCGCCUGGCACCCAUCACAGCUGCUCCGCUCCAGCUACAUGUUCCUCUUCCAGCUGCCCCUGCUGCCGGAGCUGCUCCUCUCCAUGGCCGACUUUGAGCUCCUGAAGACCUUCUUGACGGGGCCUUGGACGGGCAUCCAGAACCCGGCGCGGCGGCUGACGGAGCCUGAGCUCGAUGCCUACCUCUACGGCCUCUCGCAGCCCGGGGGGCUCACGCCCCCCAUCAACUACUACCGCAACAUCUUCGGGGAUGCCCCGGUGCCCCGCGAGCGCCCGCCCUGCCCGGUGCUGCUGCUCUGGGGUGCCCGCGACGCCUUCCUGGACGCCCGCCUCGCGCCCUGCCUCCGCCGCCGCAUGGCACCCACCGCCCGCCUGCACCUCGUCCCCAACGCCGGCCACUGGUUGCCCGAGGACCAGCCCGACACCGUCAACCGCCUCCUCUGGGACUUCCUGCGGGGGACGGAGUGAGCGGGGACCCCCCCCGCCACAUGCGCACCCUGACCCCGGGGACGGCACCCUAGGGUGCUCCCCCAGUGGGAGAGAGGAGCUGGGUGCUGCCCGCGGGGAUGGUGGGGACGUCUGGGUGGGGACACCGGGAUCCUUGUGGGGACACCGAUGUCUGGGUGGGGGCACCAGGGUCCUCCUGGGGACCUGGUGUCUGGGUGGGGACCCCAACAUUUGGAUAGGGGACCCCGGUGUCUGGGUGGGGACCCCAACAUCUGCAUGGGGGGGACACCAGCAUGAUCAUGGGGACCCCAACGUCUGGGUGGGGACCCCGAUAUCUCGAUGGGGACCUGAGGGUCCUCAUGGGGACCCCAACGUCUGGAUGGGGACCUCAACGUCCUGGUGGGGACCCCAAUGUCCGGAUGGGGACCCCGAUGUCUGGAUGGGGACUCCCAACAUCUGGAUGGGGACACUGAGGUCCUCAUGGGGAACCCCAACAUCUGGAUGGGGACCCCGACACCUGGAGGGGGAGCCCCAGGGUCCUGAUGGGGACCCCAACGUCUGGUCUGGUGCCUUCUGUCCCCAAGUGCCCUGAAUAAAAGUGCGGUGACGCCA